UUUCCGUUUUUACUUACAAAUCAUUAUAUUUUAGGAAUCGUUCGUAAAUGCAAACUAAGUUGAGGUCUUUAGAAAGCUAAAUGGCAUUGUGCAUAAGAAGUAGUGAGUCCGCUACAUGUCAGUCGACACCUACGGUUUGCGCCGUUGUGUCGCACGAUUCGGUUGCAAUGUUCCAUUCACCUCAUUGGUCGACGGCGAGGUUCAGUGACUUUUGUGGCGACCGACUAACUCCUUGGAACACGUCAUCUGCGUGCUAAUGCUGUCGUUUCAUCACCUACGGCCGAUCACGCGCCUCUUUAAAUUCUGCGGGUGUUCCGCGGCCGCCGAGGCGACCUCAUUUUGCGGGGCGUCCGCACUCUUCGUCCAUGCAAUGUUAUGUAAAGUCGAGAGCGGUGCAGUGAGCGUUGCGCUCGACCGCGUGCGCGCCCCCCGCGCGUACUCCUCGCGAUUUCGUCCGAUGGUUUCACUCGCGACGAUCAUCGGCGCGGGGUUCCGGAGGUCGCGCGCCUCCCUCCUCUGCCCUCCUCUGAGACGAAGCCGCUCGCGAUCCUCGUCCACUCAGUCGUCGAGCGGUUUGCGUCGACGACGGUCGACUUCGUGAACGGCUAUAGCUGUCUUAUCUGUCCGCUAUCGCGACAUGCCGCUGCGGAGUCGGCUCGCGUAAACCGUAGCGCCAAGGAUACCGUCAGCGCUUCCGAACCCGGAGUUUUUGUGGUAUAAACUGCUUGAAAAUUUACCGUCGCUAAAAUAUAUCAUCAAUCCUCAUAUCAUGAAGUGAUCAAUCAAACUCUUAGUGAUUGCAGUGAAAACGAUUAAAAAACAAAACUUUUAAAAUGAACAGGACGAAAGUGAGUUACAGUUGACAAUGGAGACUUGUAGUUAACAAAAGUUGCGGCCCAUCAUAGAAUGGGUAUACAUAUGGAAAUCACCCAAGUGAAUCUGGGCACUGGCAUUCCGCGAGGGGAACCAGAACUGUAUAGUGCAAUGGAGACGCCGGGAGAGUAUUACAUGGACACGCUCCACACCAUCGCUAUUAAGACUCGGGAGACAGAAUUCGGCAGUAUCGUUGAACCAAUCCCAAUAACGCUCAAAACGUACAAACCAUCUCAUGUCCACGGACAUCCGAUGAACGGGUACGCCUUCCCGCCUCAACAAAUGCUGUCUUCUCUGGUUGCUGCUCCCCGUGUACCAGAGGUUGAAAUACCCUCCACUUCUACGUACAAUCAGAGUUCUAUCAAAGAAAAUUUCAAAGAAACCAAAGAAGAUCUCAAUAAAAAUAUUGCCAGACCGCCACCCAAGAAGAAGUGGAUAAAAGAAUAUUUAGAAGAGGAGCCGAAGUCGCCGGUGUCGGUGCGAGUGGUGACCGGCUUGUCAGUGGUUCCUCGCGUCAACGGCGUGGUGCGGCCGCAGUCGCCGGCGGCGCCCCCCUGUCUCCCCGCGCCGGUGCCGCCCGUAGUCGUGGAGCCGGCUCCUACGCCCGCCCCCGCGCCCCUCCUCGACUUCGUACAAGAACAUUCCAGGCCUCGGACAACAAGCAACAGUCAUGGGCCCCCUCAAAUCCCCUCCCCCCCAUCAGUCAGCAGCAACGGCAGUGGCAGCAGUAGCAGUAACAGCAGCGUUCCCAGGGCAGGCACCAGGGAAGUCCACAACAAGUUGGAGAAAAACAGAAGGGCGCACCUCAAGGAGUGCUUUGAACUCCUCAAGCGGCAGCUGCCCGCCACUCCCGACGACAAGAAGACGUCCAACCUGUCGAUACUUGGCUCCGCUAUUAGAUAUAUCCAGGUGCUGCGACGCAAGGAGCGCGAAUGCGAGCACGAAAUGGAGCGGUUGGCCCGUGAGAAGAUCGCGGCGCAACAGAGGUUGGCCGCGUUGAAGAGAGAAGUGUCGGUACGGGCGACUGUUCGGCCUCGGAGAAUCAUCGAUUCAACGGCCGAAGACAAAGGAGACAGUGUCAACGGACAAGUUAUAGGAAUUCCCAUUAGUAUUACCUCUUCUCCGCCUCAUUCUGUCGUGACAAGAAUGGAGGCGUCACCUCCCCGCACCCUCAACCUGAGUACGAAGCUGCGUACGCUGCCGAUACAAAUAACGCCAACCACUUCGCAGGUCGUGAGGACCUCAUAUGGCACGAGACAUAACACCCUCACAUUGACCACAUUAGCCCCAGCAGAUGCCACGCAGAACGGACAAACAGUGGAAAACGGCGUCACAAAUACUUUAGGUACAACAUUAGUGCAUCCUGCUCAGAUUCAUUUACCAUUAUCUCAGGUGGUGGGCAGUGGGGGGCUGGUGGUGGGACCCGCGCUGCAGCUGCUGUCCACCUCAGGCCUGCGGGUGCUACAGGCUCCCACGAUCCACACCAAUGGGAUGACCACAAACGAUAACAGCCGGAUACCCAAGGAGAAUGGGAUCGUCUCACCGACGCCUGUCUCCACUGCGGGUAGCGUGGUGGUUAGUGGUCUUACCCCAAUAGUUGUAUCACAGCCACAUUUGUUACAAACGCACACAUUAACACACAAGAUGGUGGAAACGCAGAUGGUGAAGGGGUCUGUGGCGCCGCUGACGGUGAGCGCGCAGUACCUGAGCGCCACCACCAUCGUAAAGCCCGUGGUGGUGGUGUCCAGCGCGCCCCCCGCGCCCCCCGCACACCCCGCACCCUCCGCGCCCCGCACGUGAUCCCGCCACCUCCGCGCGCCGCAUGUCCGCCUGGUACUCGAGCCUUAACGGCGUGCUCAAACUGACGCGAAAGACAUUAUUAUAUAUUGACUGUUAAAUGUGUGGUUUAUUAAAAAAAAAAACAUGGCGGAAUGGAAAAAUGUUUCGCAACGGUGCGUUUUUUCAUUCUCUAUGUUGCGCGGAGACAACUACCUCGGAUUCGAUUUAACAAUAUUUUCAGUUGAUUUUAGAUCUUCAAUGGGAAGCGAUCGGAACGAUCUCCGAUGGCGUGACGCUAGUUGGAAAAUUUGUGAAAAAAGUGUUUGAUGCCUAUUUUUAAAUGUUCUUUUCGUUGGUAUUGUCCGACAGUGCCUGCGUUCAUCGUCGCGGUUAGAAUUUUUUAUAAUACUGCCAAUAUUUUUCUAGCAAUAAUUCGGUCUACGAGUGUUGGUGAAAUUAACUAUUUGAUGUUAUACACAAUUCGAUUUUUGUUUAUCGAUAUAAUCGUUAUAUAGUUUUUUUACAUUAAUAAUUAACUAUUAUUAGUAUGUGCAAUUCAAUGAUAUAUUUGACGUAGCCAAAAAAUAAGGCAAUCUCUAGUGAUGUAUCGUUAUCAAUGUAAACGGUAAUAUCGAUAAACAAAACUGUGUUUUGUUCGUUGCAUCGACUCUGUGCGCUUGCUACCUCACGACGACCUGGAUGCGACUAAAUACAAUCAUUCCGUAACACGGGUGAAAAGGUUCUAUCGCUCGCUCGUUCAAUCUUCACCAUUAUGGCAUUCUUUUGAGCUUAAUUACGAGUGAAAAAAGUCAGUAUCGCUCCCCUUUUUGAUUGAAUUCGAAGAUAAUUUCGGGAAUAAAAGAUUUAAAGUCUUUGUUAAACCCUUCUGCGAACCGAUUUUAAUAUUUAGUAUUUGAUUUGCAUUACUUACAGACGUAGAAACAAAGUGGACGUUUUUUCUGCUCAGUGGUAAGAAUAUUUAGAGAUAUUUUGGGGGGGCUGGAAACAAAGAAAAAGAUUGUCAUGUGGUGAAAGUGAAAAGUGGAACAGCGCGUUAGCAGCGCGUCUUAUGUUAAGAUGUGUCAAAAUGUAUUUAUACAACACAACAAUUUGUGGUCAUUUUUUUGAAGACAGUGCUUGCAAAGUGACAUUGUGAUGGUAUAAAUUCAUGGACAAAAUGUCAAUACAUACGUUUAUUUAUUUUUUAUUUUGUCAACAGUAUGCUUAUUAAAUUUAGAAUAAGAGAUGAUUGGAAGAACGUAAGAAAUUCGUUCACGAUAAGCAAUUUUCGUUUUGUUUUGCUUAUUUUUCUUAUAACGUAAGGGUGGUAUUGCCUUGUUUUGCUUAUUUUUGGUGGUAUUGCCGUGUAAGGAUAUCAUGUAUUCUGUGCAAUAAACUGUAAAGACCGAUGCACACCUAAUUCGUAAUAAGUACUAAUGCGUUUUUUUUUCAAAAAGAGCGCACGCUUCACUCUAUAGACGAAUGUAGACAGAUGCCGAUAGUACACGACUACAUUGCGUAGGUUAUAUGCGAACUUUUGUUUACCACAAAAAUAAAAUCGUAAUAAAAAUCUAAAGUUCGGCGACCUGUUCGCCUAUAAUAUAAACAGCCGACAAUGAAUGAGUGAUAACGUCGGGUUGGAUUUCCGCACGUGCGUAAGUUUUUACCUUGUCGGAAACCAUAUCUGUGUUUGUAAAGAAAUUUACACUUCCCACAUCAUUUCUUAUUGUCGAUCUAACAAGUAUAAUGUUGACAUGUUUAAAUACAUAAUACACUUUUAUAACAAUAUAUAAAUUCCGCAAUUUGAUUGCAUAUAAAUGGAGUGAAUGUUGACAAUUUUAAUUUAAUUUUUAUUUAUUGUUAGGAGUAAUAGGGAGCAAACAAAAUAGAUUGGAGCGGUUUUCUUCGUUAAGGCAAACGUAAAUCUUUAACAUCAUAAUGAUAAAGCUUAGAAUUGUGUGAACUAAAUCUUGUUGCUUUGAGGUGCCAAAUAUGGAGUGAUUCAUGAACGGUUAUUGGCAGUUUUAAUGGGAUGUUAUAGAUAUAUUGAUAGACGUGCUUGGAUAUUAUUAUAUCGAAAGAAAACGAGUUAUAUUUUGAUAGUUAUAGGUUAUAGUUACAAAACAAUAAAUUGAUAUUGCUUGAGAGCUCGCGUCGUAUACAACAAACGUUGUUUAUGAGGCCAGGUAUUCUGUGUAGUCCUGCGAAGUUGUUGUUUUAAAAAUAAUCCUAUGUAAUAUUUAUAGGUAAUAUUAUUAUUGUGAUUCAAGAUAAUGUUUAUUAAUAUGGUAAACUGAAGUCUUUUAAUCGUGUCUUAUAGAAGUGGCGCCGCCCUGGUGCCAGGAAAUGUUAAAUAAUAUCAGCAAGCUCAUCUAUCAAUAUAUCUUACAUUUGGUAUGGCCGUAAUUAUUUAAAUACAACUUCUAUCAUCUGUGAAAACGUAGUCGUAGAGCUAAAGUGUACUUGUUAUGUAUAGAAAUAACGAGAAUAAAGUUUAUUUUUUUUAUAAUGAUUCUGUGAUUUGCACAGUUAGGUACUUUAGGGAAUUCUGUACAAAGAUCUAUAGUGUUGUCAAUUCUAACAAGUGUAUGUUAAAGUCAAUAAUGAUUAGAUACAUAAUAUUAAAAUUGUGGCUUAUACGUGUAAAAUGCAAUAUUAUUGGAAAUUCAUGUGAUAGUUGGCAUUAAGCACUAGGAGGCCAGGAAUGGUUGAAGCGUUUAAAUUAAAUUAUCUAUGAAGAUUUAUUAUUUGGUAGCUGUAAAUCAAUUCGGCACGGUUAGUCAAAUUCCUGUUCGUCUAGUCUAAAAAAGUUGUAAGUAGUAUAUUCAAUGCGUUACUGAAUGUCGUCUCGUUGAUUCGUUAUCUUUAUUGUGUAAGGAAAUGAGACAGACAUAUUUUGAUAUUUCGUCUUUACAUACCUCUGGCCUCCGGCGCUGGCACGGGCCAAGCGGCCGUCCUCACUGUGUGCCUAUUUUACCUAUUUGGAACUUAAUUUAAUCAUGUAAUUCACUCAGUCAAGCUAGACACCUCGAAACAGCAAAAAACAUGAAAAUUAAUUACGGUUGGCCUAUAUAACAGAGAAUUAUUUUCAGAAAAACAAAAUUUUCAUGUCUUUUCGUGUCUUGUGCAUGAUAUUGUAAAAAUGUAUACAUAGGUAUUUAAUUUGUGUGUUUAUAGGUUAAUUUUAAAGUGUUCGUACACAAAAAUGGAACACUCUUUUACUCUCAGUAGUUUAUGUUGUCUUAGUACUUUGAUAACAAGUUUAGCUUGGCUGAAAUGAAACUGUAGCCUAAGAAAUAUUUUAACGUUACAAUUGUUAUUUUAUAGCGUUAAAAUUGUUUCUGUAGGUCGAAAUUUUAGUAAAUCGUAGGAUUAAGCUCUCUGUUUAUGCGUUGUUAAGUUUUGUUAACUACCUACGUUGAUCUUGUUAACGAAUGGCAGGCACGCACACUUUUCGACUGUAUUCGAAAUAAUUUCGAUAAAUGAUGAUUUCCAAUUAAUAAAGUGUGUGUGUUAUCCUUCCAGCAAUUCAGUGCAGAAGUUUAAAUCUAGCAUUCGAUUUCCUGAGACCCGGUGGCACGAUUUAUGGAAAUGUAUAGUUCUAUCUCUUUCGAUUAUAUCUUUUAUGAGAGUGAUUUAAUUACGUGGUACUUUCACGACAUAUACGAUGUAACAUUCCUUGAAUAUCAUAUUGAUUUGAAUAAUAAAUCUACUUCUUGAAGAAGUGAAAAUAUUCUUUUUAGCACUUUUCGUUUUAAUAAUCAAUUAAUGAUGGUUUCAGAUGUAAGUGAAUUUUUCCGUUAUUACACACAAUAUGUUCCAAGUUCACAAAGUAAUACUGUGCCAAUAGCGAAAUUAUUGAUAUCGCCUAUUCGUUUAUGAGUUCCGGGUACGUCUGUGCGCUUGGUAGAUAUAUAAUAAGAAAUCGUAGAAACAUAUUUUAAUUCUGUUAGCUAUAUAACUGUAUUAUGACAAUCAUAUUAUUAUAGAACCAUUCAAUCGAACGGAUUUCUUUUGAAAUUGUUUAAGAGUUUCAGUAAUAUUUGUCUUGUUACAGAUUUAUUUGCAAAUUUUAGCAAACAUUGAUAACAAUAACAAAUCAUCACACAUAUAUCAUUACAAUUUUAGUUAUUAUGAACAUAUUUUAAACUGUCUUUAAUAAAACAAUCGACUUGUACUUUAAUGACCCUGAAGACCUCAAUUUAUUGUUAUCAAUUCGUUGGAAUCGAAAAGAGUAAUGUCAAUCACAAUAAUUUGUGAUUAAUAUGUAAAAAUAUCAUAGGAUAUCCAAUACGAGAGCAGAUAUAAAAUAUGUAUACCUACAGAGUGUAAUAAUAAAGCGUUUUUGAACUGAAUACGAUGAUGUGAAUUGUGUAUGGUUCGACAAUAAAGGUAAGGCGGAUUCAGAAUUUUUCCAUAUCAAAAUCUUUGGUGAGGACUAUGCCCAGCAUCGGGUUUUGUGGCUUCAAGUUCAACUGUGCCUUGUUAUUAUACACUGUUUAUAUUACGUACAAAUUAAUUUAUUCUGUCGUCUAUUGGCUGUGACUUAAUUUAACUCUAUGUCAUCGCAUGUUCAGUCCGGGUUGGGUUCAAAACUAAAUUUAACUGUCAUAAUAAUAUUCGAUUUUCACAAUUUUGACACGAACUUUUACCUCAAAAGUUAAUAAUUAUUUUAAUUGAUUUGUCGAACUUUGUAUUUUUUAUGCUAUGCGUUUACAAUCAAAAUUGAUCUGUAUUAACUCCUAUUAAAACUUAAAAUACCUUUACUUUCGAGAUAUAGAGAUCCUGGAUUGCGCAUGAAAUGACUGUCACGUUUUCGCAAAAACGAAAAUAUGUUUAUUUCUAUACUUACAAACGACAAUGUAUAAACUAUAUCAUUAUAAAUAAUUCUAACGAGACCCGCUCCAUGUUUGAGAUUUUAAUGUAUGUAAUGAACAGAAAAAGCAGUAUUUUUUAUGUAUCAUGCUUUUAAAGUGAGAGUUUUGUCACUUUGCCUAAAAUAGGCUGAAUGAAAAUAUGUAUAAAUAAUAUAAAGAGAGAAAUAUAUUUUACUUGUAAUAAUAUUAUGAAGCGAAAAUGCUCAUGUACAUAAAAUGACGUAGUGUAAAAAGUAAUAAUAUGUUAGAAAUACACAACAAUUACAUA